CGUUUUGAGUACCGAUUUGAAAUUUGAGGGUUUAAGACCGAACAUUUGAGUGUGAUGGCUCCUGCGGAGAAUUUCGGUGUUUUAAUAAAUUGCUAAUUUUUGCUUAAUGUAAAGGAAAUUCGUGCUGUAGAUGGGAAAAUAUGUCAUAUGAGAGACUAUCAGCAGAUAUUCGUGACCGCAGCAUGGCCGAAGACAAUACGCAGGCAGUGAAUGCAAAUGGUGAUCAAUCAAAGGAGACACCAAAAAUUGCAAAAAUGGGAAAAUCGAAAGGCAGUCAAGAGGAAGAUCCGGAAAAUAUGCCCAGUUCAUUAUUCAUACUUAGCGAACAGAACUUAAUACGUAGAGCUGCACGAGCGACCAUUAAUUCGAUGGCAUUCGAGUACUCUAUUUUGGGCACAAUUCUGGUGAAUUGUAUUGUUAUGGCAAUGGAGGAGCAUCUACCAUGCACAGACAAGUCGGUAUUCACAGCAAAAUUGGAUAAAACGGAAAACUACUUUUUGGUGAUUUUUUCGACGGAAACGUUCCUGAAAAUCAUCGCACAGGGUUUCAUUUUGCAUCCAGGUUCCUAUAUGCGAAAUGUGUGGAAUUCUAUGGAUUUUUUUGUUGUCACUACAGGAAUCAUUGCGGAGAUUAUGAAGUUGACGACGGAUGGUAAAUCUGGGAGUUUGAAUUUUAAAGCCUUAAAGUCGAUUCGAGUACUGAGACCAUUGAAACUGAUAUCGGGUGUUCCAAGUUUACAAGUGGUUAUGUCGUCGAUUCUGAAGGCAAUGGCGCCGCUACUACAAAUCGGUUUAUUGAUUUUAUUUGCAAUCAUUAUAUUUGCAAUCAUUGGAUUGGAAUUUUACUGUGGAGUUUUGCACAAAACUUGCUACAAUUUGGAAAAGAUAGACGAAAUUUAUAACGAGGGAGAAAACCCCGUUCCCUGCAGUUCUGAUUUUAAGAACGAUAAAGGUGGUCCGGCUGGAUUUGCUUGUGUAAAUUUGACUGGCAGCACUUGCUUACAGAAUUGGGAUGGACCGAAUCAUGGAAUCACUAGCUUUGAUAAUAUUGUAUUGGCUAUGCUAACAGUUUUCCAAUGCAUUACGAUGGAGGGCUGGACGCCGAUUAUGUAUUGGAUGAACGAUGCCGUGGGAUCGACUUGGAAUUGGUUGUAUUUCGUUCCACUGAUAGUGAUUGGUUCAUUUUUUAUGUUGAAUUUGGUACUCGGAGUCCUUAGUGGUGAAUUUGCCAAAGAAAGAGAAAAGGUAGAAAAUCGUAUGGCAUUUUUGAAGCUCCGUCGAGAUCAACAAGUCGAACAGGAAUUCGACUGUUACAUUGAAUGGAUAUGUAAAGCCGAGGAGCUUAUUUUAAAUGAAGAAAGAACUACUGAAGAGACUAAAAAACACAUCAUCGAUGCUCGGCGACGAGCCAAAAAGAAGAAGUUGAGCAAAAUGGGAAAAUCAACUGACACCGAAGAAGAGGAAGAGGACUAUGCGGAAGAUGAUGAAGACAAGAAAAAGAAAAGAGACAGGGAGACCGGAAAAUUCAAAGGUUUUUGGUUGGCUGAAAAGCGGCUACGCUACUGGAUCAGAAGCACCGUUAAAACUCAGAUUUUCUAUUGGUUCAUUAUAACUUUGGUAUUUUUGAACACCGCCUGUGAAGCUGUCGAACACUAUGGACAGCCAGAUUGGCUAACACAGUUUUCAGAUUACGCCGAAUUCAUUUUCCUCUCUUUAUUCAUAUCGGAAAUGGUAAUCAAGGUCUAUGCUAUCGGCUUACGUAAACAUUUCGAAUCGGCGUUCAAUCGUUUCGAUUUCAUUGUAAUUACCGGCUCAAUAUUUGAGGUAGCCUGGUCACACUUCAAAGACGAUACAUUCGGUCUAUCCGUUCUGCGAGCAUUACGCUUGCUUCGUAUAUUUAAAGUGACGUCGUACUGGUCAUCGUUGCGGAAUCUAGUCAUCUCGCUAUUGAAUUCAAUGAAGUCGAUCAUUUCGUUGCUUUUCCUAUUGUUCCUGUUUAUAUUCAUUUUUGGUCUGUUGGGAAUGCAGUUGUUUGGUGGAAAAUUCAAUUUUGACGACGAAACACCGGAUGCCCACUUUAACACAUUUUCACCGGCAUUGCUAACUGUUUUUCAAAUUUUAACGGGAGAGGAUUGGAAUGAAGUCAUGUACGAUGGUAUCAAGUCUCAGGGCGGCAUACGUGGCUAUGGAUUGUAUUAUUCUUUAUACUUCAUCAUUCUCACACUGUUCGGCAACUACACUCUGCUAAACGUCUUCUUGGCUAUAGCAGUGGACAAUUUAGCCAGUGCACAAGAGCUCACAGCAGCAGAAGAACAUCAGAAGGAAGCGGAUAAAGAGAAGCAAUGGCAGGAACUACAACGAGAAAUCGAGAGCUUAAAAGCUGAUGAUCCAGCGAAGGUGAAUGAUUUGACAAAACAGCAAGAAGCCAUUAAGCCACAAGAAAAGGAGGAGGAAGCAAAUGAAGAAGAAGAUGAAAACGGACCGAAGGAAAUGCUACCAUAUUCGUCAAUGUUCUGUUUGUCACCUACAAAUCCUAUCCGUCGCGGUGCUCAUUGGAUCGUAAACAUGAAAUAUUUUGAUUUCUUCAUAAUGUUCGUCAUUGCGUUGUCAUCGAUUGCACUUGCCGCUGAAGAUCCGGUUGUCGAACAGAGCAAAAUCAAUGUAUUUCUGGAUAAGGUCGACGUUGGAUUUACUGCAGUAUUUGCCAUGGAAAUGGUACUGAAAGUGAUCGACUUGGGAAUCAUAUGUCAUCCGAAAAGUUAUUUACGCGACAUCUGGAAUAUCAUGGACUCGGUGGUUGUCAUCUGUGCUAUUGUCAGCAUGAUACUGAAAAUGAUUGCUGGCGAAGAAAAGAGUAGCAUGUCCCAGAAUCUACAAACAAUGAAGUCAUUGAGAGUAUUGAGAGUUUUACGCCCGCUGAAAACCAUUAAGCGAAUUCCAAAACUGAAAGCAGUUUUCGAUUGUGUGGUAAAUUCCCUGAAGAAUGUGGUCAACAUAUUGGUGGUGUAUUUGCUGUUCAAUUUCAUUUUUGCUGUGAUUGGUGUCAAAUUGUACAAUGGAAAGUUUCAUUACUGCACGGACGAGAGUAAGAAAUCUCGAGCCGAUUGUCAAGGAAAUUUCUUUUCUUACGGGGACGGAAUGCUACCAUCAUCCGAACAGCGACAAUGGAAAGUCCAAACCUUUCACUACGACAAUGUAAUGACCGCAAUGUUAACUCUAUUUGUCGUGCAAAGUACGGAAGGAUGGCCAGUUGUUCUCAAGGCAUCAAUGGAUGCAUAUCAAAAGGACACAGCUCCCGUUCCAAACUAUCGUACCGAAAUGUCAAUUUACUACAUCGUCUACUUUAUCGUGUUUCCGUUUUUCUUUGUUAACAUUUUCGUCGCCUUGAUCAUCGUCACGUUUCAGGAGCAGGGCGAGGCUGAGCUGGAAGACGGUGGCGUUGACAAAAAUCAAAAAUCUUGCAUUGAUUUUGCAAUCAAUGCACGGCCAACGGAGCGAUACAUUCCGGAAGAUCGAGAUACUUUUCAAUAUAAAGUUUGGAGUUUUGUUGUAUCACCUCCGGUGGAGAAUUUUGUUAUGGCGUUGAUAGUGUUGAACACUAUUUUACUGAUGAUGAAGUUCCACGGUCAAAGUGAAACGUACGAAAAAGUCAUGCAGUUCAUCAAUAUGGCCUUUACUGGAAUGUUCACCAUCGAAACAAUUUUGAAAAUUAUUGGAUUUCGAUUCAGGAAAUUCUUCCAAGAUCCGUGGAAUGUUUUCGACUUCAUAACGGUGGUGGGAAGUGUUGCGGAAGCGAUCAUAACUUUAAUGGCGGGAGAGCCAAAGUUGAAUGAUCCCGAUUCGGAAUUCGCCCGUUUGAACCCAUAUGCUGGAUGGUUUGACAAACAGAAAAUCACUGAUGGGGACAAAGGCCUAAAUGUUGGGUUCUUACGGCUUUUUCGUGCAGCUCGAUUGAUCAAAUUAAUGCGUCAAGGCGCCACUAUUCGGGUACUACUCUGGACAUUUGUUCAGUCAUUCAAGGCACUGCCUUAUGUAUGUUUACUGAUUGCAAUGCUGUUCUUCAUUUAUGCCGUCGUUGGGAUGCAGGUUUUCGGAAACAUAGAAAUAAAUCCCGACACAUCGAUCACAAGACAUAAUAAUUUUCAGGAGUUUGGCAAAGCACUCAUGCUGUUAUUCAGAUCAUCAACGGGUGAAGCGUGGCCGAACAUAAUGUUAGAUUGCAUGCAAAAUCGAAAUUGUGAGAAGGGUUCCGAUAAAAAACAUGGCGAAUGUGGAUCUCCAGUUUCAGUGAUAUAUUUCGUGUCUUUCAUCUUCUUUUGCUCGUUUUUGAUGCUAAACUUGUUUGUGGCCGUUAUAAUGGAUAAUUUUGACUAUCUAACGAGAGAUUCGAGUAUUUUGGGAGCACAUCAUUUGGACGAAUACAUUCGAAUUUGGACCGAGUUCGACCCGAGUGCAUCAGGCAAGAUUAAUUAUCGGGAAAUGUACGACGCUCUCAAAACCAUCGACCCACCGUUAGGAUUCGGCAAACAAUGUCCCAGUCGAUUAGCGUACAAAAAACUGAUUCGAAUGAAUAUGCCAGUGGAUGCAGAAGGAAAUGUUAAUUUUACCACCACAUUGUUCGCGUUAAUUCGGGAAAAUUUGUGCAUUCAUAUGCGACCUGCCGAUGAAAUGGAUCAGGCCGAUGAGGAACUGCGAGAAACUAUCAAACAUAUGUGGCCGUUUCAAGGGCCGAAGAUGAUCGAUUUGCUAGUGCCGCCAAAGGAAAUGCUGAAUGGUGAAAAUAUGACGGUGGGAAAAAUCUACGGCGGUCUGUUGAUUUUAGAGUCUUGGCGAUCGUCACGAUUCGGGAAAAAUACCAGCAAUUUGCCGCUAUUUGGCUUGCAUAACACAAAUAACAAUGAAGUCAAACAGGACGACAAUCAACAACAUCUUCAUCCAGAUCAGGCGAACUUGGAAAAUCGUCGGUCAAGUUUCAGGCCUCCACUUGUACGAUCACCUCGCUCUCCAAGCCAACAAGGAAUAGUAGAUGCGGUCUCAAAUGUUGUCGAAUUUGUAAAGGAUGAAAAAACGUAUCGUGGUCGACGAUACUUACAGUCCCGUUAUCCGAAAGGAACGUCAUCAGCUUCGACGAGUCCAGACCUAGAUCGUCAUUCGAGGGAACGACAUCGAUUGGGUCAUGCUCCGUAUGAAGUCAGUCCCAGAGCUUACGUUCAAAAACCUCGAUUACACCGUAAGGGAACAACAUCGAGUUCGUCGAGUCCAUACACGUACGACUCGUAUUCUAACCGCCGCAAUCAAUCUAGCUACGAAUCAUAUGAGUACGAUACCCAUGUUUUGACCGGAAAAUCUCGAUCACCGAGUCCUAGUCAACGAAAUGGCCAUCGUCGCACUUACGGGUCAAGAAAUUACAAUGGACGAAAAUUACCACCAACGCCGAAGCAACCAUCAACUCUUCAAGUUCCAUUCCAAUCUAACUUGAAUUUACCGAGAUUAGACACGAGCCCUUCCUCGUUGAUCGGUGCUCACACCCAACCGAUUCUUCAAAUUUUACCGCACUCGCUGAAUGGAAACAAUUUUCUUUACAACAAUCAUAACCAACACCUCAAGUACGAUGACAUUGAUCGAGAAUUGUACGAACGUGAACGUGACGUCGAUAGUGAAUGUGGCAUAAACAGUCCCCCAGAAAAACGGAAAUGGGGCGACGGUCCAUUGUCAUUUGAAGAAGCAAUUCUGCUCUCGCGACCUAUUCGUUCAUCUUCGGUUGUCUGGGACGGUUUGAAGACUACUGUUGUCGGUUAUUCGGCUCAAGAUUCCGUUUUGGAUGACGAUGGAUGGUGCUAGCACACCCUCACGACCAAAGGAUUCUUUUGAUCCUAUUAGUCUCUUUACAAAAUACAAAUCUUUUCUUUGCAGAAGCACUUUUAUGAUGGUCUUUUAGUCGGUGAUUUUUGUGAGCAUCGAAUUUAUUGAAUUGUUGGAACUGAAGUUAAAGUUUAAAUGUUAGUUGAAGGAAACGUAAAAACUGGUUGUUUAUUGCAUCAUGUUAAGGGUAUAUCGUAUCGUUAGAAAAUGAAGUAGAAGAGCCGCAUUGAAAGUAACUCGUUUUCGAAUUCAAAUUUGCAUUGAUUUACAGAGAUUUUUACAAUUCAAACAGUAACAUUAACAUAGCUACCAUUGUCGGCCAUAUUAUAGUAAAGCCGGCAUGUGAAACGUGCGCACAUUUAUAAAUUUCUAAAAAUCGUCAAACGCAAUCGAAUGUAAUCCGACUAGUUUUUUCUAUUAAAGUUUAGAUGAAUUAAA